CCUCCUUAAACCUAAUUCCCCCACCACCCAAUUCUUCCUUCAUCUCGUAGCCUCACCCACCGCCGCUGCUGACGCCGCCGGCGCCGGUCCCUUCUUUCUCCAUUGCACUGCUUUCAGAUCUCUACAGGACCAAACCCUAGCUGCAGCCGCUUUCUUCGGUUCCGAUGACCACAGAGGCAGCCCCCGACUCUUCCCCUCCUAUGGGCUCCCCGAUGCACGAUGAUCCACCGUCCUCACCGGCGAAGGAGACCAGAUCUCAACCCUCCUCCGCGAACCCCCGACGUCUCCCUCCGCCCUGCUGGUCCCAGGAGGAAACGGUGGCGCUGAUCGAUGCCUACCGAGACAAGUGGUACUUCCUCCGCCGUGGCAACCUCAAGGCCCCCCACUGGCAGGAUGUCGCCGACGUCGUGUCCCGUCGCUGCCCCGCUGCGUCCCUGCCCAAGACUGCCGUGCAGUGCAGGCACAAGAUGGAGAAGCUGAGGAAGCGCUACAGGGCUGAGCUUCAACGCGCCCGGUCCCUUCCCGUGGCGAGAUUCGUUUCCUCCUGGGCACACUUCAAGCACAUGGACGCCAUGGAGAAGGGCCCCGGGGCUCCUAAAGACCCUGAAAGUGAAGAGGAGAACGAAGACAUGGACGAUGAAGAUGAUGACGAGCUCUUCGAAGGUAUAGCCCCAAAUUCGAGAAGCGUCUAUGGUCUUUACGGGAAUGGAGUUGGACAUGAAACCCCUGCUGCGGGCAAAUCCGGAGGUGGGUUUCGGAUCAAAAUCCCGAGUGCCGUUAGUAUAGCCCAGCCUGGGAUUGACCACAGGAAGUUCGAUCGGAGUUUUGAUAGGAGUUUCGGUUCUGGCCCCAGCUCCGGCGUUAAUGCUAGUGGAAGUAAUAGGUUUGCCAGGUUUGGUGGGGGUGCUGGUGGAGGAUAUGGGGCUAGGGUCCUGAGGGAGUCGGAAUCGGGAAAAGUCGGAUUGGGGAAGAGGGAGAGGGAUCCCAUGGAGGAGAUGGUGGGGGCGAUAAGGGGCCUGGGGGAUGGGUUUGUGAGAAUGGAGAGGAUGAAGAUGGAGAUGGCUCGAGAGAUGGAGAACAUGAGGAUGGAGAUGGAGAUGAAGCGUACGGAGAUGGUCCUUGAGUCGCAGCAGAGAAUCGUGGAUGCAUUCACAAGGGCUGUCACGGAGAAGCCGGCAAGGAAGAAGAAGAUGGCCAAGAGGAUGCCCUCACCUGAGAACUCAUAGUCGGCUUUCGGUGAAUUACUUUGGGUUUAUGAGUCUGUCGAGAACAGGGGAUGGGAACUGAUCAAAGUGAUAGAGACAAGUUAGUUGUUUCGGCUAGAAUUCGGAUUUAGGAGGUGAGAAAAAGUUAGAUUAUUAUGUUUAGCCUUUAUCUUGGUUGAUUUCAUAGGGAUGGAAAGAUAUCGAGUCGGAACUUGACUCUCAAUUGAUAGUUCUCAAGCUUUGUAAAUUUCUUAUGGCUGUUCUUUGCAGUGAUAGUUUUCGGAUUCACCCGG